UACAAAGCCAACGGCGCUGUUCCUGCCGUCAUUAGUGCCACCGGGGUUCCGGCCAUCACUGUCGUUGAGGGAACUCACCGGAGUCGUGGAGGUUGUCACCGCUCUUUGUGGUUCUGUGUUGAGUUGCGCCGGUAAGCCUUUGCGGCCAGAAAAUGCCCCUGCUGCCGUCGCCGGAAAAUUCUUCCAGUAAAGGUCUUGUCAUUAGCCUCCGUCCUUUUGAAUUCCGAGAAUAUUAUGGUCACUGCAUGUUGGUUUCAGUUGUCGUGAUCGGAAUUCGUCGCCGCUGCCGCUUGAGGUGGCUGCCAGGCUACCGCCGAACCGGUUCGGAGACCGCCGCUGUUUCGGUUCAGCCAUUCCUUCUUUGGUUCGAGUUGUUGAGAUUGUUGCGAAAGUGGCUUGGAACCGAGGUUUUGGCUGUCGGGAUUUUGAUUGUUGAUUUCGGGUCGAGGCGGAAAGGAUUAUGUGACGCGUUUGGGCUAUGGUUUUGCGUUUUGAGGUAGGGGCGCUUUCC